AUGGUUUAUCUCGCCUGGAUGUACUAUGCUGCGCAAACCCCAACAAAAAUUGUCGAUAAUUUACCUAAAGUCUCGCCUUAUUUGCAUGAGCAGCUCGAGACCAGCUCUUUUGCUAAGGAAGAAACCCUUUCUGAACAAGCAAUCCAAUCGAAACUCCCAUCUCCGCCUCCGAUAUCCAUUAUUGCUGGACCUAAGGGGUAUUUAGCUCAGGCUGUUUGGUUGUCUUACAGGCGAGCCGCUAGUUUGAGGGCCGACUAUUUUUCUGUUCAUUCUGUGCUGAACUACAUGAAGGAUAUUCGGUUAGCUCGAUUUUUACCGAACGAUAGGGUCAUGCAGCGAGAAGGUAGAGGGAUCGGAUUAACUAGGCUGACGAGUUAUCUGGCUUCUUCCUGGGUAGGCGUGACCAUAUGUAACGCGCGGAUUUGUCCGUCUACUCUACUGACUUCACACAUUGAUCCAAUCUCAUAA